AUGUUUCUUGCUAUUUGCCAUUUCCUGUUGUUUGGUGCAUCUUGUGAAGCCUAUGAGAAUUUAGCACUUAAGAGACCUGCCACUCAAGAGAAUGACUGGCCUGAUCAACCUAUAACCUGGGGAGCAGCAAAGGCGGUGGAUGGAAAAUAUUCUGACCGCAGAGCAGGCGGGAACCAGUGUACAAUAUCAGCUGACGAAAAACAGGCAGCAGAGUGGAGAGUAGAUCUUCAGAGAUUGGUCAGCAUCAGUCACAUCAACAUCUUCUAUAGGACUGAUAAUAGACCCAGUCCAAGCCCUUAUGUUCCGCGAAUGGCUGGAUUUUUUCUUUACGUUUCCAAUUCAACUUCAAGACACGACGGCUAUCUUUGUUUCCAUGAGAUUCAAAAUGUAGUCGGUACCCCAUCAGAGGACCAGAGAAUAAACUGUUCUGUGCAUGGACAAUAUGUCAUUUACUACAACGAACGGAGACAGGAUGUGACGUACCCUAGUUACUACUCUACAUAUGCAUUUAAUGAACUAUGUGAAGUGGAAGUUUUUGGGUGCCCGAGCCCGCGGUUUUACGGAGAGAACUGUGCCCAACCUUGUCCGGAAAAAUGUCAAGAGCAACAUUGUGAUAUAAAUACAGGCUACUGUCUGGGUUGUGUACCUGGGUAUCGAGGACCUUUUUGCAGUAAAGAAUGCAGUGAACAAACGUAUGGAUUGGAGUGUUCUGUGUCAUGUGGUAACUGUACCAAUGGGGAAACCUGUCACCAUGUCAACGGCACGUGCCUCAAUGGUUGUAAUGUUGGGGUGAUGGACAAGAAAUGUCAGACUGCAUGUCUGUCGGGCCUCUAUGGCAGGGACUGUAGAUAUACAUGCAGUGAUAACUGUGGUGUACCAAACAGAUGUGACAGGUUUACUGGAGAGUGUGACGGAGGAUGCCAACCUGGGUGGAAGGGAAUCCGAUGUGAUCAGAGUAAUGAUGAUUCGCCAGAUUCUGUCAUCGCUGGAGUCGUAGGAGGAGUCGUCGCCGCUGUUGUGCUUGUCAUCAUCAUCAUAAUUUCUUUCCUGGUAUUCAGACGGUAA